AUGUGUGGAGCACAUACAGGUUUGGUUGGAAAUGUUUGUAAAGCUGUACUGGAGACUGGUACAGCAGCACCAAUGGCUAUUCACUGCAUUAUACACCAGCAAGCUUUGUGUGGGAAAAAUGCACCAAUAUCUGAAGUUAUGAAUGUUGUUGUGCAGAAUGUAAAUUAUAUUCGAAAAAGUGCUCUUAGUCACCGUCAGUUUAAGAACUUUCUUGCUGAAAUUGAAAGCGAGUACCCAGAUAUUCCCUACCAUUGUGAAGUUCGUUGGCUCAGCCGAGUUUACGUCUUGAAAAGAUUUUUUUAUCUUCGUUCAGAAAUCGACAUAUUUAUGACAGAAAAAAACCACGUUGUAACUGAGUUAGCUGAUUUGUCAUGGCUAUGGAAACUAGCUUUUCUCGUUGAUAUAACUCAGCUUCUUAAUGAGUUAAAUUUAAAGUUGCAAGGAGCAAACUCGUUAAUUUCAGAUACAUAUUCCUACAUCAAAGCUUUCAAAUUAAAAUUAACUCUAUUCACAAAUCAAUUAAUAGAAAAAAAUCUUGCUCAUUUUCCCACAUGCAACAAAUUCAAACUUGAAAACGAUGAAGAAUUCCCUACCGAUUUUGCUGUUGGAGUUCUCACCUACUUGAAUGAGCAGUUCCAGGCGCGGUUUAGAGAUUUCGAAAGUGCAGAAGACCGUAUUCGAAUUUUUGAAAAUCCUUUUGCCAUAAAAAUAGAAACUAUACCGACAGAGUUCCAGCUUGAAGUUAUCGAGCUCAUAUCAAACAACAAUUUCAAAGACUAUUUCAAGGAAUCCAAUCUCCAACAAUUUUACACCAUGUUGCCAGAGGAAUCAUUUCCCAAUCUCAAAAAACAUGCGCGUGAAAUGAUGUCAAUAUUUAGCUCAACAUACUUAUGUGAGCAGACGUUUUCAAAAAUGAAAUAUGUCAAAUCUAAGUACAGAACGAACUUAAGUGACGAACAUUUACAAGCUACGCUGCUAAUUGGAACUACGAAGUUUGAUGCGAACUAUCAAGACAUUUUAAAAAACAAGCAGUUCCAAACGUCUCACUAA